AAUGACCCAGUCAUUUCCUAGUUCGGCACUGCCCAACAUAAUCAGUCCGGAGGUAGAGCUGAAGGAUGUAUCAAGUCCUGAGUUAGAUCUCAUAAGUCCCUUCAGUCCCAACAAGGAUCAAGUAAGCAAGCAAGAUUCAUUAACCACGAAAAAGACGCAAUUUUUAAGUCCAGAUUGUGAAAAUCUUUACAUUGGAGCAACUUGUAAUGACAAUGUUUUCAUAGAUGGAAAUGACUUUGAAUUUGAGAAAUCAGACACUGCCAGUGAUACAGGUACUUAUACUCUAGAUGCAGAAAAUUAUUCAGAAGAACAAAAAGCAAGGAUGAGUAUCGAUAGGGAAUUUAGGAUUGAAAAUGUAUCUGUACGAAAGAAAACUGAGGAUUACAUCAAAAGUCUUUCUACCGUUAGAGAUCACAUUCUUCAGAACACAACUAAUGUGAACCAGUCUGUGACAAGGGAUAAUGACAUUGCUAUGGGAGUUCAGACAAUGCAUUUGUUAGAAAAGACUCCAAAACCAACUUCUGCAAUUAAAUCUGACAAAAGUCCUAUGCAAUCGAAAAAAUUACUUUCACCCAUCAUGUACCCUACUCAAAAUAUGUCUAUCACACAGGAUAUGAAGAAGACAGGUUUGGUGAUGAAUAAUAGUGACAAUGAUGCAAAUAAUAAAACAUUUACAAAAAUUAUGUUUCCUAGUCCCAAUGCCAAACGAGAAGGAUUAGAACCCAACUGUGAUCACGGUUCUGUUAUUUCAGUGACCUCUAGUGGGGCUUUCAAGCCAAAGGUUGAAAAAAAACUGGAAAGGAAAUAUAGUCUCACAAAGUCUGAAAUUCAUGUGCAAGCGUAUGUGGACGGUAAAAGCUACAAUGAUGUUGUAGGCAAUCCGGUGUGUAGGACUGAUACAUUAAAAAAAGUAAAUCCAAAACUAACAGCUAAUAUCGUGAAUGUUCAAAAUAUUGAAGUGAAAAACACUGUUGAUCCGAUCGGUGUUGUGCACGAGAGCAUUGUUGUAGGUAAACUGUCGAAUAUAUCUAAACAAACAUCAAAUUUGCCCCCAGCCAUUGGGGGAUAUACAGGAAAAACUUCUCCAUCUAAAAUUCCAUCACCUAUACAUACAAUUUCUCGUCCACGUAGCAGGAAUAGCCAAAGCUCACUAAAUCUAGAGUUUUCAGAUAAUUGUCUGGACACUGACUCCAUUUUGAAGCCAACACAAAACUACAUAAAUUCUUUACAACAGCGCCUUUCUCUAGAUAGUGAUCCUGACAGCGAUUAUGAUGUUAAAUAUGGUUUGCAACUGAAUAAUACAGCACACUUAAUGAAACAGAAAACCUCUCACACUAGACACAAUUCCCUGGAUGACCGAACAAUGAAUAUAUCCAACAAACUAGAACACUUUCAGAACAAAAACCUGCAAGGUAUUGAACAAACUUACACAAAUUUGUUUAAUCAAUACUCCCAGAAAGUCAUUCACAAGAUUCAAAACUCCCCUAACAACUCACCAAUCAGAAGAUCGAGCAGCUUCUCAACAAAAAAUCAAAUUCAUUCAUCCAAGAAUACGAAUGUACUUCAGAAAGGAUCAUCCAAUGUUUGUAAUUCCCCCAAUCUCACGAGAAAUACAGCUAUUCAAAGAAGUUCUUCCACGGCUAGCAUUAAACCAAAUUAUAUUGUUAACAGAAGAGGGAGUAUAUCUGAACAUCAGAAGAUAGACCGAAGUCGAUUUGGUGAUACCGAAUCCAGUUCUGAAGAAGAUUACGAGAAAAAUCUUCAAAAAAGCAAGGAUUUGGCCAACAUUACUAAUACUAGAUGUAAUCGUGCGUUCAGUUUACGAAGGGCUCGAGCUGACAACGAAACCUCCCAAGUCAGAUGUCCCAACACUCCAGAGAUGAGACGGAAGACAUUCCAGCCAGAACUGAAACAGGAACGAGCUAUAUCCGUCGAUAGAAAACCUAUGAAGACUAAUGACGUGCAAAGCAGGUAUCUCACGAACAUUAAUAAAAGAACAACACCUCCUCCUCCUCCUCCAGUCAAAGAAGUGAAGAAUGUGCCAAAAGUUUCGAGUGCAUCGAAGAUUACACCAAACAGGUCGCAGAUCUUUUCAAGGACAGAUAGUGGUAGAUUUAGUAUGCGAACGAGUAAACCUCCGAUUACGAAUAAUACUCCGAAAGGCCCAAAAAAGGAUGUCAGCGGCAAAAAACAAGGCGGGGCGCGAAGUAAUUCAUCUCUAUCCAGUCGGGAGGUUGACUUCCAGAAUUGGAAAAGAAGAAAGAGCUACGAUCCCAUGAAAGCAGCUGCAGAAGGAAAGAAGAAGGAGAUAGCGAAGCGACAAAGUCUUGGUACAGGUCAAAAUACGAUGACUCAGUCUUAUAUAGAAUCCAAUCAUAGCCAGGAUAGUUCCCCUUCUCAUUCCAGCUCUGUUCACCGAUCUCAGAGCUUUCACGGUACAGCUGCCUUAGAACAGCUUAUUAGUUCCGAAGAAGAAGAUGAUAUGACCUUGUCUGCUGAUGAGGGUUUCAGUCCCCCAACGCCCAGUCCAUGCGAAUUGAGUCCUGCAAGGGCCUCUCUCAGACACGCCUUAUGGGAGCGCAUUCGACACUAGAUUGAGGUUAUUUUUGAUUCGAACGGUCUGUUACCACACUAUAUAUCGCUGUUUAGAAAAAUAUGUACCUUACUGGCACGAGUUGAAAUAACCUCUUGUAUGUAGGUAAUGUAUUUUCGGUUUGCGAGUCAUAAUACAAUUCUGUGAUCCUGGGGUUUGUGUGCAAGGCAAAAAUAAAAUAAUGUUUUAACAUUUAGCUCAGUGAACAACUAAGAAAGGUGAUCGAACAUUUUCAUGGUCCAAUUUGAGACUUGGUUAGUCACUUGUCAUUCUGAAGUGAAAAGUUGUUUGUUUGAUUAGCCACGUCUAUCUUCUUGGAUCCAACUAGCUUGUGCAAGAAUUACUGUGAUAUUUGACCUUAGUUUACUAAUUACUAAAACUCAAUUACCCAAUAAGGAUUACAAAGGAUAACCCCGAUUCUCAAUAUGUAUCUCGAACUGCGGAAUCAUUACCUACAUACUGUGUUAAUUUUUUGUUUGUAGUAUUAUUAGUCUAUUAUAUUGAGCAUAUCAUCACAUAACUUCUUUAUACAUUCAUUUUUUCUAGCAACAUGAUAAUUUAAUUUUUUGUUAUGAUUUACCCCAUGCUGUUUGAUGUUUAAUGAUUUUGUGAGAAUAAUACUGACUUGGAAUUGUGUCAUAUUGCGAACUGCUUAUUUCAAUUCGUAAUUUACCACAGUUACAAAACUGUUCAAGGAUUUAGAGGCUGGACUUGCAUAUGUUAUUAAUUGAAAAUUGUUAACAAAGAAAAUUGUUUCUAUAUUGAUGUUGCAAACAAACGAUAAAUUACUUAAUGGUAAUCAUUUCACCACAGUAUCACUUGCUGCUGGGUCGGUUUUUAUCACUCUAUUGGUUACCAGAAUGAAGAGUCCUCCAACUGAUCUAGUCAAGGUGAAUCCUUGGUUAGUUCAACUAAUAAAAUGGUUACCGUACUGAUUCAUCCGUUCAUAUUUUUCUCAUAUUUUCUCUUCCACUUCCAAAAAAAUAGCAUACUUCUUUGUAUGUUUCUUAUUGAACGUAUGCUAUUUUUCUCGGUGUUUUAGCAUUAGGCGUGUAUGAUAACCGAAAUGUGAUUUUAUAAUCUGAGAUUACUUAGUAUGCAGAUAGUUAUUUUUAUUAUUCUAUGUUUAGGUUUUGGUAUAAAUUCUAAAAGCUUGUUAUUCGAAAAUGCAAUCACAAUUUAUAUUCUGAGUAUAUUGAAAAUUUUACUGAAUGAAAUUUGUUCUGCGAAUAUUUUGAGCUCUGAAAUUUAGAACAUUGAUUUGUUUAGCCAAUCGAACGAGCUGUUUUUUGUGUUGCAUGUGUUUACUAUUAUUGCUUUACAAAUACAAUGUCUUGAAUUGA